CCCCCCCCCUCCCCACCCCCAUCUCAACCCCCGUAGGAUCUGCCGCUUCCUCGACCUGCAUCGGCGCCGCUUCCUCGAUCUGUCCCGGCGCCGUUUGGAUCGUUGCGGCGACGGCUUCGUCGGUCUUCAGCUCCGCCACCUACAUCCUGAAGGGGUAUGAUCUCGUGGCUGGUAUGGAUCUGAACGCCCACCCUUUCCCUGAUCAGGCUGGUACGAAUUCUCUGAGGUAUGCUAGGAGAAACACCACUGUAGUGAUGCAGGGGCGGGGACGGGGAGAGGCCAGCAAGGGUGCCCCUGCCAAUCGCUCGCUCCCUCAACAAUUCGUAGCACAGUGUGUACUGUAGAUGCCCAAUGGCCACGGCUAAUUGCAUAAUUAGCCCUUACAUAGACAAAUAAUUAAGCAAUCACAUACGUAGACAAAUAAAAUAUGCACAUAGGUUGUGUCUGACUAUAGUUUUGCGAUGUGCCAAUGCCUAAUCCACUAAUCAGGUCGAUCCAUUGAUAUACGUGCGUGUUCUACAUUUCUGCUAGAUCGAUCCAUUGACUAUUGUUUAAAUUUGAUCAGACUUUUUGAGAAACUAGAAGCAAACGGCGCGCUUUGCUGCACCCGCUCCAAGCUUUUUAACAUGUCUAGUUUGCAAUCUGGGCACACGAAACAAAUUUGGGCUCAUUUGGCUCCUUUGUCAUUUUCUUUGAUUCCCUAAGACUAUCAUGAUCAAACCCAACUCUGCUUUUCGAUUCGAUGCAGCCGAUCUACUGUAACAGUUUCGCCUGCGAAAAUUGAACCAUUAGGAUAAAAAAUGAUUGAAAUUACUAACAGAGAAAAUGCUUAAGAUUUGCACCAUCACCUGAUGAUCCUAUGUACUUUCAAUUUCCCUUCUGUUUAGGGAAGCAGUGAAGAUCAUCAGGUCCUGUACACUUUUCAACUUAAACCUGUCCUGAAUCCUUAUGUCGACAGCGUUAUAUCUUAGUGUGGGUGUGGCUGGACCCAUGGUCUUGUACCUCAUCUCUCUGUUUUAAGUUAUGAUAAGCUGAUAGUGCAUUGACGUGCUACUGUGUACUUCUCUGCCCUCUCCAUUCACAUGUCUAUUGGCAAAUUAAAUUGUCCCUGUAGUCAUUAGUUAAUUUGUCUUUACUUGUAAUGAUUUAAUUGACAUUUUUAUAUAUAACUUAGGAUGGCGACGGACAUGUUGACCAUAUACCUGCACUAUGAAGAUACAAAUUAGGAAGCCAAAAUUUUACAAAGAUCCAUGAUGAGACGUGAUGUCUCGUAUUACGACUUAAUCUUGAUGAUCGAAGAAGUUGGCUUUCAGGCAAUUGACUUUCUGUACUAUGCGAAAAAAACCCGUCUAGGCAGCUCCUACUUAGUUCACAUUUAUGAUGAAGGUCUUGUGAUGAAAAUGUUGUCCGACCCUGAGAUUGUGAAAGCUGUCCAUCUGUAUGUGUCUAAGGAGAAGGCUGACGAUCAUAUUGCUCCGCCUAGCAAGCAAAUUGAUGUUGCUCCAUCUAACCAUCCAAAUGAGAGUGUUCUCUUACAGGACGGUGGUGUCUCUGCUGAAGGGGCAGGGCAACUUACUAUGCAAGGGCCGCAAAGACCACCACGUAGGUCAAAAAGGUUGAAUGUGAUUCAGGUUACGGACCAACGUGAUGAUGAAGAUGGAGACUGCAACAAUGGUGAGCAAUUCCCACAAGGUCAUGAAUCACAAGCAUUGGUCGAUGAAGAGGGUCAAGUUCACAAUCAAGUAGACAAGGAAGUACGCAAGCGCAAGAGAACAAGCUUGCCAAUUGUCUGGAACAUGCCAAAGGGGCAGAGAAUAGUUGUGAAAUGCAAUGAAGAUAGCCAGCCUAUAGGAGAUGAAGGUGCAAUCUUGGGGAAGUUUCUGGGCACGAUUGCUAGAAAUGGAGGAUUUUGCCCACUAAACAUAAAUGAUUGGCGUCAUGUCAAAAAGAAUAGUGGUGAGGAAACAAUAUUGCAGUGCGUGCAGACAAAGUUCGUGUAUCCUCGAUCAUGUGAAAAAUGGAUACUCAAAUCAAUUGGAAGAGACUGGAGGAAAUUUAAGUCUAGUUUGAAAGAUGCUUUCUUCAAACCCGCCAUCGAAAAAAAUCCAAACAUCAAGCGAAAGGCUUUGUAUAAGCUCUGUCCAGAAGAUGUGGAUAACGAUCAAUGGCGUGGGCUUGUUAAAUAUUGGAAGUCCAAAAAAGGAAGGGCCCUUCCUGAGAAGAACAUAAUUAGUCGUUCCCUCGUGAAGGAUUCACAUAAUGAUGGCACAAAGAGUUAUGCUUGUUGGGGUGAAGACAUGAGGCAAGCUGAUCCUGAAAAGAAACGACCACACAGAUCAAAGGUUUAUUUAGCAACUCACAAGAAGAAGGACGAUGCUGAUGCUAAAAAUAAAGAUAGAAAUAAGCGCCUGGAUCGAUUGGAGAAUCUAAUAACCGAACAACCAGAGUUGGCACAAAAUUUGAAUGGAAGAGUCGCAUGGGAAGGUGAUGCCCUGCAGGAAGUGUUAGGGAAAUAAAAGAUUGGACAAGUGCAUGGCAUGGGUUUGCUUCCAACUCCUAAGCAAGUCUACGGUCGGACGCCACGGUAUCUAAAGAACAUCAAUAUGACUAGAACUGAUGGAUCACCAUAUGAAGUUGAACAUGACGUUUGGGAGGCAAUAGCAAAGAUGCAGGAGCAUAUAAAAAAGCAAGACCAGAUUAUUAAAGAUAUGAAUAACAAAGAAGGCCAUGUCAAUAAUGGCAUAGAAGAGGAAAACCUCCAAUCAAAUGAUAAUGGUAUUUCUCGCUCACCACUACUGCUUGGUAAAACAAAGAGAAUCCAGUGCAAUGGACCCGUUGAGGCAUGCUCGUCUAUGCAACAUGACAUUCCUAAGGAUACUAAUUUAUCACGUUCGCAUGAAAAGGUUGGCGACCAUGAUGUCAACCAAUUACAAAUUCUACAAAAUUCAUCAUCACCACAAGACCUUGUUAUUGAUUCUGUGCUAGAGGUGAUGGAAACGAGGAAUAUUACGGGUGAAUCUGUUUCAAGACCAAACCAGCAAAGGACUAGAACUGAACACCCACACCGCUCAAAAAGAAGGCGUUCUUCUUCCAUCAAGGUUGCUUCCAAAGUAGUCUUAAAGACUUCAACAUAUCCCAACAAGCGGAAUGUUGCGUAUGGUACUAUUCGGAGUACUGAUCCAAGAACAAAGGCUGGUGGUAUUGAGUUAGGUGUUGAAUUUGCUCUUGUGCGCAUAGACGAACCUAUUCUUGAUAAUGAGGAGUUGGUAAGGGAAGUUUCUGAUUGCAAGACAAUUGGCGAGGCUUUCACUUCAGGAUACUUAAUUGACUGGCCUUCAGCUUUUAUUCGAGAGAAGGAUGGUUGAUUUGCAGUUGAAUUCUUGGAUCAAGAAGCAAAUAAAAUUUGAAGAUUUUAGCUACCAAUAGUUGUAGUUUACAUUGAUAGAUUUGAAAGUGUAAUAUCAUCCAAAAGAUCUUUUUCUUUCAUCGAAUUGAUGCAAAUGCGACAGUGUAAUAUUCCCCAUAGUUGUGUUUUCUAUCCUCAAAAUUAUAUGACUGAUAUCUUUAUUGUAAUGCAUAUGUAUCAUAUACUCUUCUAUAUUUGUAACUAGUAA